CAAAGCCGCCUUCUAUUAAAACAUAUCGUCUAUAUACCUAAGGCCUGUUGCCUUGAAAAUCGUAAUUGAUCUGUUGUUGUCGUCCAGUAUGGAUGACGCUAAGCAAUCGCUUCUUUCACCUCGACUAGACGGCGAGGAGAACCGCCACCAGGAGCAGUUACUUUCUAAACCCUCAAACCGCUCCUUCUCGUCGGCAACCUUCACCCCCGGUACCGAUGACAUCCUACCGACCAACGGCGUCCGUGACUUCUUCAGAGAAUACCUGGUUGAGUCCAAGAAGCUCUGGUUCCUUGCUGGCCCCGCUAUUUUCACCUCCAUCUGCCAAUACUCCCUCGGAGCCAUCACUCAAGUCUUUUCCGGACAAGUUGGCACUCUGGCUCUAGCCGCCGUCUCCGUCGAGAACUCCGUUAUCGCCGGUUUCUCUUUCGGUGCCAUGCUUGGCAUGGGAAGUGCACUGGAAACUCUAUGCGGCCAAGCAUUUGGAGCGGGGCAGCUUGAUAUGCUAGGGGUAUACAUGCAAAGAUCGUGGGUUAUCCUCAACUCAACCGCUUUGCUCCUAAGCUUGUUGUACAUAUUCGCGGCUCCGAUUUUGAGGCUAAUAGGCCAAACGGAAAGCAUAUCGAAGGCUGCCGGAAUCUUCUCGAUAUGGAUGAUACCGCAACUGUUUGCUUACGCAUUUAAUUUCCCGAUGGCGAAGUUCUUACAGGCGCAGAGCAAGAUGAUGGUGAUGGCAGUGAUAGCCGGUUUGGCCUUGGUUAUUCACGUUGUAUUGAGCUGGGUCUUGAUGUUGAAGCUGGGAUGGGGCCUGGUGGGUGCAGCCAUUGUUUUGAAUACGUCGUGGAUUUUCAUUGACGUGGCUCAGUUUUUGUACAUUAUUAGCGGCACUUGUGGUCGAGCUUGGACCGGGUUCUCCUGGAAGGCAUUUCAGCAUUUAUGGGGAUUUGUUAGGCUGUCUUUAGCUUCAGCAAUAAUGCUAUGUUUGGAGAUAUGGUAUUUCAUGGCAUUGAUAUUGUUUGCUGGAUACCUAAAGGACGCCGAGGUAUCAGUGGAUGCUUUAUCCAUCUGUAUGAACAUACUGGGAUGGACGGUCAUGGUAUCUAUAGGGAUGAAUGCAGCUAUAAGUGUGAGGGUUUCAAAUGAAUUGGGAGCAGGGCAUCCAAGAACAGCUAAAUUUUCAUUGGUGGUGGCAGUGACAUCUUCAUUUAUGAUCGGUGUUAUAAUCUCCCUUGUUCUCAUCAUCUUUAGGAAUCACUAUCCCUACUUGUUUUCAAAUGACUCACACGUCCAACAACUCGUUAUACAACUCACUCCACUAUUAGCCCUUUGCAUCAUCAUCAACAAUGUUCAACCCGUUCUUUCAGGCAUGGCCAUUGGGGCUGGAUGGCAAAGUGUCGUUGCGUAUGUGAACAUUGCAUGUUACUAUCUCUUUGGGGUUCCUUUGGGUCUCAUAUUAGGGUUCGUACUUCAAAUGGGUGUCAAGGGAAUUUGGUGUGGGAUGUUAGUAGGAACAGUUUUACAAACUUGUGUACUAUUUGGAAUGAUUUACAAAACCAACUGGAAUAAAGAGGCUUCGAUUGCAGAGGCAAGGAUAAAGAAAUGGGGUGGUGAUAUUGACAGUCAAGAGGAGAUCAGUCUGUUACAAAAUAGUAAUAAUAAUAACUGAAAAGAAGUUUGAGUGAAGA